GACACCAAAACAAAAUCAAAUCAAAGCCUGAAUGGAACUCGGUCGAACGAACGGCGUUUGAGGCUUUGAAUUUUUGUAUUUAAGUUUGUAAAAUAUAGAAUAAUAUAUCUGUUUUGUGAAUCUUUGUAUCAAUUGUCGUCCACUAUGUCUAAACGCCGUAAUUUACUAGAUUCGGCUGAGAAACGUCGCUCCCUUCAAAACGUAGCAGUAGCCCGCGGUCGUCUCAAGGGGGCUCUGGCCGACAUCAUGACCCACAGUGAUGACGAGUCAGAUUCCGAUGAUCCCAACACUACUCGUCAACUGAAACGAUCGAAGACUACAAGUUCGCUAGACCCAAUACCAAUCCCUCACCAGUCAUACAUUAUGAAGCUGUUCGACCGAAGUGUUGAUUUGGCACGAUUCGAUGAGGCAACCCCGUUGUAUCCCAUUUGUCGCGCAUGGAUGCAAAACCAACCGAGAGCCAACCCGAAACUGCUUCGUACGCCGUCACCCGUUAAGCGCGAGCGAAAUCCACGGAUGGUUGAUCAGUACCUAAGUGGGGAAUUGAAGGAAAUUCGGGCGAUGCCUCGGCCGGAAGUCAGUGUGGUGGAUCGCUGUCCCUUGCCAUUGCCCAGUCAAACAAGAACUUCCAAAGAGCUGCUAGAGGUGCAGCCGAUGUCAAAAGCAGAGCUGUUGGAUGAGCAUAGAAAGCGUUGGUGUCAGAUUAGACACAAUUGGGAACAUCACGGUUCCAUUCGAAAUGAGCGUCAUGCGGCUAGCUUCGAACUGUUGGAUGCCUUGCUUAAAGGAAAUGUUUGAAGGGAAGUGCUGCAUGCGAAUCGUAAGUGCAUGGUUUUAUUUAGUGUGCUACUUGUUCUGUCACCACCCGUUGGCCAAUAUGAGAGGAAUCAUUUUUUGAUACAUUUUUACUUCGUCAAUUUCGUCAUCUCCGUCUAACUUAACGUAUGUAUUGUAACUAAGGAUCGCUAUGUCAAUGUUAAAGCAGCUAUUAUAUCCUGUCAUAAGACGAGU